ACCCUUAUCUAAUUCUCACCAGGAGUUAUAAUCAAGUAAUUUUGUUAAUUUAUUUCGGUCAUAGAAAUUCUGCUAUUUAUUAAUCUACGCAUUAAUUAAAAUCUUUAAAAUCGUACUAACCAAUUUAUUUUCAAAUUAUAAAUACCUUUCCAAAAACCAAUUAAAUUUUUUUUCUUGGAAUAAACGUCACUUUCCACGUUUUUACUGUAUCCAAAGUUCAAACAAAGUGAUCAAUUUAUGUCACUAUCACUGUUUGCUAUAGUUAUUCCUUAAAAAUUUUCUUGAUUCUAAGCUAAUGUCAAUGUAUGAUCACGUGGUCGUUGGUGCUGGAAUUGUGGGGUCAUGGACAGCUUAUCAGCUUGCGUUGCUUGGAAAAAAUGUUCUUUUAUUGGAACAGUUUAUGGAAUCUCAUUCUCGAGGAAGUUCUCAAGGGGAGAGUCGUAUUAUUCGAUGUGGUUAUAAGGAGGAUUUCUUUGCAGAAAUGAUGCCUUACGCGUUCGAAAUGUGGAAAAAAGCAGAAGAAGACUCAGGAAAAAACCUUAUAGUAAACUGUGGAGUUCUGAGCAUAUUCCAAUCCCCAGCUGACCACGACCUCUACAAUGCAUGGUUAUCUAAUAUGAGAACUUACAACCCAGAUUGCUUAGAUCUAGAAGAUACAAAAGAAGAGCUGUUUGGUAGAGUUUUAAGUUAUACGAAGAAACCUCACGCUGUGAUAUUUGAUAAAAAAGGUGGUGUGUUAUUAGCCCAUAGAUCUGUUCUAACGAUUCAGGAACUAUUUCGGAAAAAAGGCGGUCAAUUUUGGAGCAAUUGCCCAGUAACAAGCAUUAAGCCUGAAGGUAAUGAAGUAGAAAUAAUCACAAGAAAAGGACAGAUUGUUACUCCGUCUGUAAUUUUAUGCUCAGGUGCUUGGACAAAGAAGCUACUCGAGCCAAACUUAGUGCCAUACCUUCCUUUACAAGCAUCAGCAGUUAAAGUGUAUUAUUGGAAGGAAAAAGAGUUUGGAGUUCACAGCCCAGAAUCAGGAUUUCCCGUAGUUAUCGAACCAUCUGGCAAUAGUUUGUUUGCACUGCCAAGUAUAGAAUAUCCCGGCUUAGUGAAAGUUGGAAUUCAUGGUGGGGUUGAUUGUGAUCCAGACAAAAGAGAUCAAGCAUCUAUAAACCCAGCAUAUGAACAAACUUUAAAGAAUCAUGUAGCUGAACAUUUUCCGCAGUUAGAAAAUGAACCGUCUAUUAUUGAGACAUGUAUGUAUUCGUUGACACCGGACGAAAUUUUCCUUAUUGACAAAGUGCCCAGUCACGAGAAUAUUAUAUUUGGUACAGGAUUUUCAGGAACAGGAUUUAAAACAGCUCCAGUUGUGGGUAGAAUAUUGUGCGAAAUGGCAACAGGACAAGAACCUUUUUUGGACAUUUCCCGCUACAGUCUUUCUCGUUUUGAUGAAAGAAAGUGAUUAAUGAGACAUGAUUACAAAAGCCUUAAAUUCGAAUAAAUGAUUGUUACUUUCAAGCAAAUAGAAAGAUGUUUCUGAUUUAAAACGUUGCGGUCACCAUGUCCGAAUACGAUCAUGUUGUUAUCGGGGCUGGUAUUGUCGGUUCUUGGACAGCAUACCAUCUUGCACUGCUCGGUAAAAAAGUACUCUUGCUAGAACAGUUUAGCCAAUCACAUACUCGUGGUAGUUCUUCAGGCGAAUCCCGUAUUAUUAGAUCUAGCUAUGGACAGAGUUUUUUUGCGGAGAUGAUGCCUUAUUCUUACGACAUGUGGCGGAAAGCAGAAACAGAAUCUGGCAAAAAACUU